AUGGGACGAAGCAGCAGCAGCAGCUUUCAUUGUGACAAUAAUGAAAGAGCUAACAGAAGAUCCUGCUGGACUGCUCAUGAAGAUCAGGUUCUGAGAGAUUAUGUCAAGGAGCACGGUGUAGGGAAAUGGAGGAAGAUGUCGAGGGAAGCAGGUCUGAAGAGAUGUGGAAAGAGUUGCAUGCUAAGGAGGUUGAAUUAUCUGAGGCCUGAUAUCAAGAGAGAAAACAUUACAGAAGAUGAAGAAGAGCUCAUCAUCAGGCUCCACAAACUCUUAGGCAACAGAUGGUCACUGAUAGCUGGAAGGCUUCCCGGCCGAACAAACAAUGAGAUAAAGAACUACUGGAAUUCUAUCUUAAGGAAGAAACAGAAAAACAGCUCAAGACGCCCUAGAAAUGAGAGGCCAACCAUCAAGUACCCUAACUUGACCAACAGCCAAAUCAGACCAGCAAGCAUCACCAGAAAUGAAUCAGCAGAACAACCAUUACUCUCUGGAGUUGAAAGGAAUAACAAGGUAGAAUCAGACUCUGGUGAUGGAUCAUUUCCGAUCACCAACGGUGAAAGUGAUGCGGCAUGGAAGUUCAUAAUGGAUUUAAAUGCAGGGCAACUUAGCAUAUCUCAGUUUCUUCUUACUGACUUCUCUAAGCUUUGUGAAUUGAACCCCAUGGCCGUCGACUGCACGAAUGCCGUAGACACCGGUCAUUUUGACUUAAAAAGUUCGUUUUUAUGA